AUGACCGACUAUUCAGAUGAGGGAUCUGAAAGUUCCUCAGGUAAUGAAUAUACCGAGAGUACUCACGCGUUGUCUCGCACGCUCGACUCAAUCCGAUCAACGGGCGAAAUCAGUACCUUCAAUGUCUACAGCCAAUAUGCGAAUCCAGGUCUUGUAAUUGAAGGGGAUCGCCUUAUCUCCCUACCACUAAAAGAAGAUUAUGCGCAAGCCAUACAGAGCAUUUGCCAACAGGCGCCUUUUGGCCACCGCAACAAGACGGUUGUCGGGACUUCGGUACGCAAUACAUGGGAGCUCGAUGCCUCGAAAUCCAAUCUCAUGAACAAGAACUGGUCCGAGGACUUUGACUCAAGGAUACUACGCAAUACGGCCAGAGGACUCGGUCUAUUCCAACCACGAGCCGACCCUCACAAACUACUUCUCUACGAAUCCGGAUCGUUCUUCAAACCCCAUAAAGAUUCAGAAAAGAAACAAGGCAUGAUCGGAACUCUUGUUGUCUGUCUUCCGUCGCAACAUGAGGGCGGUGACGUUUGCUUGUCUUUUGGAUCUCAAAAACGACGUCUUUCAACGGCCGAAAACUCCGAGUUUGACCUCAUAGCCAUGUCCUGGUAUUCAGAUGUGACGCAUGAAGUCGAGCGACAAACAUCUGGAUACCGACUCGUCCUCACCUACAAACUCUUUGCAACAGGGGAAGAUGAGCUAUCGGCCUCCACCGUCUUCCAGCAAACCAAGGAUCUCAAAUCCAUGCUGGCCAAGUUUCGGACUGACUUCCCCAAAGUCGGUAGACUUCUGUACCCCCUAGACCACCUUUACACAGAGUCAAGCUUGUGCUUGAGAAAUCUUAAAGGUCGCGAUCGAUCCGUUGGGCGUUGUUUGAACGAGAUCUGUUCAGAAGCUGGCUUCUACUUCAUGUUGGGACACACAACGCAUUUCAAAGCCGAGAGAGAUGACUGUUAUGGCGGCGAGGACGAAGAUCACACUACUCUCAGGACUCUGUACAAUCUGAACGGUGAUCAAGUUUCUUCAGAACUCGUUCUCGGCCUUGAUGAUUUCUUGGACUACGAUAUUGAGAGGGAAGCCCCUGAUAGCGAGGAUGAAGGGGGGGAAAUGGUGUACCAGGAUCUUUUAAAACCCCGAGAUGAUCCAUACUCAAGACAAGUUGCUACGGCUUUCAUGGAGAACGCUUUGAGUUUCUACAGACAAUUCUGGCCAGAUGGAGGAGUCCCAAGCCUCAUCUCCAAGUUCCAAGAACUCACCAAAGACACUAUUUCAGCUGAAGCAUUCGAUACCCUUUGUGCUUCAUUCAAGUCAUUCGCAAAGCACCCCCCUCUAUUUGAGAGUUUCGAGGUUUGGGCAGAUCCCAUUUGCCAAGAAAAGAUACAAUCUCAGUCUUCAUGGAAACAUAACCACAGAGAAUUCAUCCUCAACACUCUCAAAAAGCGCAGUGAAGAUGAAGAAUGGAUACUUCAGACCUUUCUUCGGAAAAUCGUACCGAGAGCCGAAAGAUACCCUUUGUUGUGUCUUCUAAAGCACAUGUCAUCUGAGAGGACUGGUUCAUUCAAGAAAUCCCCUGAGCUCUACAAGUCCACCCUCGAGCAUGCUGGACAACAACUGUACCUCCCAAUGGAAGAGCUCAGAUCUGGUCUGUUUACGGGCAGGUGGUCUCAAGGUAGUGAGCUCGUCGAACAGCUGAAAGAAGCCAAUAUCAAUUGUGCGGGACAAGAAGCUUUGCGGAUAUUGGAGUGGAACUGCAAAACUUUGAAUGAGAACAAGGAGGUCUGGCUCCCAUUCGAAAACUAUGGUAUAUAUGACAAGUUUCUUGAACCUCUUCUUAAGAUUCUGGAGGCAAAUAAGGCGCCUCCAAUUCCAGCAGUGCAGGAUUUCCUGGAAAUCGCGCACACCUGCAUCAACUUGAGUAUCAUCUAG